AUUCACACGCUAUCCCGAUGUGAUAUUUUGCUCCGUCUUUCCUCGAAAUUUCCCUUUUCUCAUACUACAAUCCCUCCCUUUUAUUUAACUGCCUCUUCCCCACCCACUUCUACCCCCACACUAAAUUAGUCUUCUUUCUUCUUCUUCCCCAACACUUUCAGCCUAAAUUUUAUAUUUUGAAGUGUGUAAAUUUUGUAUCUUGUAACAUCCCAGAUAGAGUUUUCUUGGUUGUUUUGAAGGGAUUUGAGGAGAUUUUUGAGUUAGGAUGGAGAAUAACCAGCAAUCGUUUUGGCAAUUCAGUGAUCAGCUUCGGGUGCAGACCUCGAAUUUGGCGAAUCUCUCGGUGAACGAUUCCAUUUGGAGCUCUAAUCUCGGCGCGAAGAGGCCUGAGGAAAGAAAGAACUUUGAUGUAAGGGUUGGUGGAGAGGUUAACUCUCUGAGCAACUUGAAUUCGAACGGGUCUGACUUUAAUGGGUUCAAUGAUGGGUGGAACAGUCUCAAGCCUAAGGGAUCUGAUUUCAAUGGAUUCAAUGAUGCGUGGAGCAAUCUGAAGCCAAAGGGGUCCGAUUUCAAUGGAGUCAAUGAUGGGUGGAGUAGUCUGAAGGCGAAGGGGUCCGAUUUCAAUGGGUUCAAUGAUGGGUGGAGCAAUCUGAAGGCGAAGGGGUCCGAUUUCAAUGGGUUCAAUGAUGGGUGGAGCAAUCUGAAGCAGAAGGAGUCUGAUUUCAAUGGGUUCAAUGAUGGGUGGAGCAAUCUGAAGCAGAAGGAGUCUGAUUUCAAUGGGUUCAAUGAUGGGUGGAACAGUUUCAAGCCAAAGAUGACUGAUUUUAAUGGGUUUAAUGAAGGGUGGAAAACUGGGGCUAUCAGCACUGGAAAUGGUCCAGUUUUUGGUGGAUCUCAAAAGAGUGCUGGGAUUAAUGGUGGGUUCACCAAGGGUAUUUAUUCUAAGCCUGGGAAUCAUAUUUAUAACAACAAUAAUAUUAACGUGAAGGGGCACAAGAAUGGUGGUAAGGGCGAGGAUGAUCAUGGAGGAAAAGCUGGGAAGAAGAAUAGUAAUGGUAACAAGAAGAAUAAUGGUGAAAAUAAUAAUGAUAGCAAGAGUGCUGUGGACAAGAGGUUCAAGACACUUCCACCAUCCGAGUCUCUGCCAAGGCACGAAACCGUUGGUGGGUAUAUCUUUGUCUGCAACAACGAUACCAUGCAAGAGAAUCUCAAAAGACAGCUCUUUGGUCUGCCUCCACGUUACCGAGAUUCAGUUCGGGCUAUAACUCCUGGCUUGCCACUCUUCCUUUACAACUACUCCACUCACCAACUCCAUGGAAUUUUCGAGGCUGCAGGCUUUGGAGGAACAAACAUAGAUCCAACGGCUUGGGAGGACAAAAAGUGUCCUGGUGAAUCGCGCUUCCCUGCUCAGGUUCAAGUUCUUACAAGGAAAGUCUGCGAGCCAUUAGAGGAGGACUCCUUCAGGCCAAUUCUUCACCAUUAUGAUGGCCCGAAAUUCCGCCUUGAACUCAGCAUUCCAGAGGCACUCUCUCUCCUGGAUAUAUUUGCAGACCAAAACGCUUGAGCAAAGUAUUACUAUAUCUAUAUAUAUAUAUAUAUAUAUAUACUGCUAUACGAGUAAAGUAAAGAUAGUGAAAAAAGAACAGCAGAAAAGAAAGCUGGUUGGCUGUGUUGUGUUGUAUCUUGGAAUUUAAAGGGAAUUUUGGAGAACAAAUUCAGUUUAGGACGGUUGAAUUUGAUGCAGCCUUUAUAUAUAUGUGUGUGAUUUGUAAGCUGGUUUUUGGAUAGAGGCUGUUAAAUGUCUGUCCUUUUUUGUUGUUCAUGCAAUUUUAGUGUAUAAAUAAAGCACAAGUGAUCGAUACAGACGAGCUUUUAUA